CCACGAACACCAGCAGCCACAGCCAUUCGCCAUCAGCUCCCGAAGCCACUACUAGUAGCACACUAGCUUAGCUGCCCUUCUCUUCUCUUCCUCAGACAGCCCAGCCCAGCCCAGUGUGCGUAGCUUAAGCAGGAAGUCGAGAUCAAAAUGACGAGACGCUGCUCGCCGCCGCUGGCUGCUCUUGCCCUGCUUCUCCUCCUCUGCUUCUCCUACGGCGUGGCGGCCGCUCGCCCCCUCCCCGCCAACACUGCUCCUCACCAAGGCAUCGGUGUGGCCGGAGCAAAGGCGGCAGAUGCUGCAGCAACGGACGGCCUAGUGGCGCUCAAGGAGGAAGGUGGCAAGGCCCGCAAUGGCGGCGAGGCGGUGUCACCGCCUGAGGCGACGGCGGAAGGCGUGACGGCAGGGGAGAUGGAGGUGGAGGUGGAGGAGGAGGCGUGCGAGGAGGGGAAGGAGGGGGAGGAGUGCAUGCAGAGGAGGCUGCUCCACGACGCGCACCUGGACUACAUCUACACGCAGCACAAGGGCAGGCCAUGAGCGUGGCAUGGGCUAGCUCUUCCGUCGAGGACGAGUAGACGAUGCUGGGCAUUAAGUUGACAGAAGGAAUCAUCUGACCACGAUCAUGGUGAUUUUAAUCAUAUCUUAUCGAUCUACCUGCUGCUGUUUUGGCUACACCCACCGUGCCGUGGCCCGUCCAUCUAUGCGUAUGUGGGUGGGUCUGCCACAUCGUCGUUUGUACAUCGAUCCAUCGAUCGUUCGCUAAUAGUCUAAUACUAGUAUACUACUGUAGUGCUGUACUCCGUCUUCUUCUUCAAGUAUGUUUGUUUUCUU